AUGGAGGUUGCCGGUCUAGCAUUAGGUGUGCUGGGGAUUGCAGGACUCUUCAAAUCCUGCAUUGACAACUUCGAUAUUGUUGUCAAGGCGCGAAACUGUAGCAUCGAGCUCGACCGUUUAUGUGCGCAGCUUUCGUUACAUCGUAUCCGCCUGGUAUUCUGGGGGCAGACCCUGGGAUUGACCUCGGACUCAGGCAUUGUGGCCAAUGAACUGUUGAACUGGGAAGACAUCAGGCCGGCUAUUGAGCGGGUACUUCUUCACCUUCACUACUUGCUACAACAGGCAGACCUCGUCACGGAAAGAUUCGAAUCACACAGUGACAAAGUCGGAACUCGAAACUUGUCUGACGACCAGCUGGACCAGUCACCCGGGCUCAAUAUCUUCAGAGAACCGUUCGAAUCGUUCAAAGCUCGCCUUCGAAGAAGCCAGAACGAUAAGUCAAUAUGGAUGGUAACCAGAUGGGCCAUCCAUGACCUCAAAAAGUUCAAAGCUGUUGUGAACAAUGUCGGCGAGUUAGUGAGUGGAUUGGAAGGAAUAACAAGCACUCUCGGACUAGGAGUGCUCCAACGCCAGCAGAUCCUUCUUGCAAAAGAGAUUGACUCGAUCUCGGAUACACAAAGCCUUCGCCUUUUACAACAGUUGACUUCCUCAGAUGACGCAUCACUGUCCCUAAGGCUGGUGUCAGAGACAGCGAGCAUCAAAAUGAGCCUACUGGAUGAACCUGUUGCCAACGGAACUAUCAGAUCAACCAGAACUUCCUACUACACGGCAUUCUCACAGCUGGGGUCAGCCCUGUUUGGAUACUCGGCGAUCUCUGAAGAAGAUUUGGACGGAGAGAGUUAUAUUUCUGAGUUCAACCCGCAGAUCCCAAGCUGGGGAAAGGCCACCGAGAGUGCAAAAUCGCCCCUCUUUUACCCAUUCUCCAUGCCAUCAGCAAGCUGGCCAUUCAGGGUAAAGGGAGAUGCAACUGCAGCCAAUUCGACUAACGAACCACCGGUUUUGCCGCAAAAUCAGCGGCUGAUGGCCGAGAUCAUCGAGCGUUCUACUAGCGAACUCUAUAAACCAACCUUCGAAUCGGGGGAUUCGGGCUAUGGUACAGCUUUAUGUCCAAUAAAGGCUCAGAAUGAAGAGAAUCACACGCAGCAAUCACUUCGUCUUCUGGCGCAUGCCGACAGAGGAGUGUCCGCAGCAAGAAGAGCUUUCCUUGAGCUACGAAGCUUGAGAACCGCUGCAGUUCCUUUCAUCACCGCUUCUACGUGGGCAGACAGGCUUGACAAACUCGUGGCUAGCAUUGAGGGACCACCCGACACACCCUACCAAGGUGGAGUCUUCUGGAUUUUGGUCAAGCUUCCACCGGAGCCCUGGGAGUCGCCGACCCUUCGCUUCGUUACCAAGAUAUACCAUCCCAAUAUAGAUUGCAAUGGGAACAUCUGUGCCGAUUAUGAAAGCUGGUGGAAGGACCCUGACCUGCAACCAUAUCUGUUUGGGCAUUCGGUUCAUCAUCAAAACCACAAAGGAUGGCUCUCUGGCAACAGCUGGAACAGAUACUCGCUUGGAGCUCUCUUAACCGCGAUUUGCAGCCUCUUGGCUAGCCCAAACGUCCAUGAUCCACUUGUUCCGGACAUUGCUGCAACAUACAUUCUGGACUACCCACAAUAUUGCAAAAACGCAUCAUUGUAUACUCAACGCUACGCACUCCCAAAGCGCCCUUCGGAUGACGACUUUGAAGCAAUCGACGAGGCAGCCUGCGUACCUGUGGUCAUACCGGACUCUGGUCCCACGCAGAGACAAGAAGCUGGCUUGGUGGCAUCUUCGGCGGUCAAUAUUCGGAUGGGUAGGCCACAAAGCGAAGCUGAACUAUCUGGUUGUGAUUCAUCAGAUAACAUCUUCUUGGGGCGGUCCAGAAGCUCGAUAGCCGGAUCUGUGCGUACAACAAGAUCCGGAAACAACAUCGACUCACUGGUAUCGAAAUACGAUGAUAAGUGGCUAUGGGGGGACGACGAUUCGAAUACGUUGAAUGAUGGUACAAGCAACACAGUGGCUCCGAGGAUAAUACUAUCGGAGACACCUGUCCUUAGAAAUGGCGUCAUGACCCAACUGCCAUUGGCCCUCUACAGCAGUACUGACACGGGCAAGAAUUUUGAAGCGAAGAGGACGACACACUGGGUUCGGAGAAUAUUGAUGAAGAGGAUUCCAGCGGCAAGGUGGAGGACAAAAUCGCGGUUAUUUUUGAUGUAA